AGCCCGGCGCAGUCCAGAGAGACGGAUUGAUCCUCUCCGUUACGUAACGCGAACGCGAACGCGAACGCGAAGCCAGGAUGAGUAGCCAGUGCCCCGUGGUCGGUGAUCGCUACGGCGUUAUUGGAGCGCGCAUCUAGAAUCCGAAGAGUCCCCUGCGAUAUCAGCCCCGGCAGCAGCAUGUGCGAGCCACAGCUGCCCAUCCCGGUGCAGAUGUUCCUGUGGCGCCAGCUCAAGCCAUUCAUCAGGGCUAAGCUCGGGAGAGUGCACGAGGCUUCCUGCGUGUUUUGCCAGCAUGCGCCAGGACAUCACGAGAUGAAGGAGGCAUGCACGUCCAUGGAGCGGGUGCUGGUGCAGAACAUCCACAACGAGCUGACGCCUUCUUUGAGGACGAUACUGGGCACAGUGCCACGGUGGCGUUUGAUCCAAGCCUCUCUGCCCUUCGUUUUGCACGCGACGGCCAACCUCCUGAACAACAAGAAGGACUUUCAAAACUUGGGCCCCCUGGAAACGACCCUGCUCUACAUACUCCACUGGAUCAUCCUCGACGCCGCGGACGAGUGCAGCGAGCAGGACGCCGAGCUCAAUAAUCCCUUCUACCACCUCUUCUCGAUAGCCAGCAUGACCCUCUUCGUCUACCUCUUCGUGCCGCUGUGCAGCCACCUGAAGGACGUCGACUUCAAGGGCAGCCUGCGCCUCGAGAACGGACAGAAGAUUUGGUACCCGAUCUACGAGUGCCGGCACCCCGAGAGCCCCUGCUUCACCGCGCACUGUCGGCCGAAGCCUCGGGCCCUCUGGAGAACGAUGACGCGAGGCGCCCGGCCGCGGAACCUGUCGGACGACGUUUUUCUCGCCGCCAACGACAGCAGCCCGACCAGUCGAACCGUCAACGCAGCCUUCUCCGAGCAGACCGUUCGAGGACCGGACGACGAGAGCUCCUGGCUUUCCUCCCCGAAGGACAAGGCCUUUCCCGAGACGAUACCGGAAGAGAGUUCCAGCACCGAGGACGAGCACGUGGUCAUAUUUACGCUCCCGUCGCUCGGCGACUCCGAAAGGAUGCUCGACGGCGUUAAGGAAGUAUCGACCAUAUACGCUGGCGAGGCCAGCAUCUUCCACGUGGCCAUGGGCCAUCGGACGAGCAGCUCCUCAAAGCCGACUCUGACCAUCGAGCAAGUGACUGCGAUAUCCGAAUUGGACUCGUACAGGCAAUACGAAGGGAGGCCGCUCGGCCAGCACGACAGCGACGAGCCAACGAGCAGGGAUGAACAAUCGGGGAAAUACGACCAAGAGAGCGCUACGGACGGCUCGAGAUCGAAAGCGCCAGGACAGCGCUGCACUUCGUCAACGAACGAGCAUGCAGCUCCUAGCUUGACUGUCGAUUUCGAUGUACGGGCUGCUACCUUUCUGGAUGUCGCGGUGCUCAGAUGUCUUUUCAUCUCGCAGUGGCAAGAGGAAGGAAUAUUCUGGGCUCUGCAAUUUUUAUACAACCGUUUGCGGAGAAUAAACGAAGACAGUUCCGUGCAGCAAAUGCCUCGACGCCGGAGUAAUUCUCUACCGAUACCCAAAAUCCAAGUUUCCAUCUAUCAGAGCCCAGAGAACAAAAAGCGAGACGAUGGAAAGGAAUUGGCGGAUGCGCAAGAUGCGCGGGACGCGGUAUUGUCAGCUGAUAUAUCGGCUUACGGCGAGGUGACGUACAAAAGCCACGAGACGGAAAUAAGUCAGGCGAGAAGGGCCAGCGAAAAAGGCAAAAAGCGAAUGAAAAUGGCUGACCUAAAGGCAUUCGUCGAGACCAAGUUGCUUUCAAAGUCGGAAAAAGCGCUUGAGAAAAUAGGCCAAGACGAGCCAAAAGCAUUGUUUGAGCAGGAAUGCCAUAGAAGCUUGGACACGGGCGAAGGCCGCCUAACGAGACAGCCCUCGGUUUGCUCCAAGAUCUUCGACGCGAAGGAUCCCGAUUAUAUCGAUCAACCGACAAACUUGAUAAAAGGCAAAAGUAUGCCAAGCUUAAGUUGCUUGAUUAACGAGCUGACCGCGGGAGGAUACAUUGGCGACACGAAAGUGGAAAGAAAGGCGAGUCAGUUCUACAGCCAGUCGAGCGGAAUACCAAACCCUAUUAUCACGGUUACGGAGCACACGCCCACGCCCUCUCCGGACUAUAUGAAACGUCAAGUUGGUUAUGGAUCGAUAGACAGCCAGUUGGACGCGAUAAGCAGCCACGGGCGGAGGCCAGCGCUCGAGAGAAAAGCCAGCCUCACUAGAUCGCAGACAGACUCGAACAUCACUUACUCGGGUGACGAGAUGCCCGAAGCGCCCGGCUCCGGCUAUUACAUCACAAAGGAGGGCGACAUCGAUUUUCAAAUAGUGCUGAAGGCGAUACACAACGUAGCGCUGCGAGACAACCAAAGCUGCACGCUGCGAGUCUGCGAGCUGAUUCUGAACCUGAUCGAACUCCUGAUGGACAUGGGCGUGCUGAAGCAAUGCUUGCGGGACGAAACGCUGGAGAAGCAGCAAGACUCGGCCGAGAAAUCCGAGGCCGGAAGCAAGCAGCAAGAGGAGUGCAAGAUAACGGCGCACAAUCUCACGAUGAAUUGCCUCGUGCGCAUUUUGCGGCAUCUCGGCUGUCCUCACGGCUGCCCCGACGGGAUUCGGGGCCCGCAGGCGGACUUUUGCCGCUCGCAGAUCCAAACGAUCUUCAGCAAGCUGCACAAGGCCAGUUCGAAGCAGUUCUCCAGCUUCUUGCGGCUCAUGGCCAGGGAGAGGCCGAUAACCGACGUCGUCGAGUUUUUCCACUCGUACCUGGGCUUCUGCGUCGACCCGAGCUCGCUGCUCUCCCCGCUGAAUCAGAAGCGCGGCUCGAGCAAAUCGCCCGACUCCGUUCCCCAAGGCGGCUACGCGACGAAUUUCGGGGCGGGCCUGAUCGGCGGCGGCGGCGGCGGCGGCGGCGUCUCCUCGAGCGCGAGCAAUCCGCUGCCUUCGGGCUCUGCCGCAGCGCCGGGAGCGGCCCCCGGGCACGGCAACGCGAGCGCAGCCGGCCCGAGGUUCCGCAACAUCGAGUCGCAGAUCAUGGGCUGCAUUUUCAAGAGCACGGUCACGCGCUGCGUCGAGAUUUCGAGAGAGCUGAAAAGCCAGGAGAACAUCUCGCUCUACUGCGACCUCCGCCAGCUGAUGAGCUACGUCAAGGAAGCCCACGGCGGGGUUUUCCGGAGAGUGGCCCUCAGCUGCAUACUCGACUCGGCAGACUUGCCCAACAAGCCCUGCAAGAGCCAAGUGCAGACGACCCGAGUGAUCAGGCACGUCUACCCGUUCGACCUCGACCAGAGCGCGGACCUGGGGGCCGACGGUUGCUACGCAAUCGACGACAGGGCUGCCAGGAAAUUUCUCUUCAAAAAGAGAAGCACUUCGUCCACCUGCGCGAGCCUGCUGGAAACCGAGCUGAGCGAUGAAAAUGCCAAAGUCAGUCAGAGCCCUCUGGGAAACAUCAGAAAGAAGCAUCACAUGCUGACGCCGAGGCAGAGCGAGAGGAAUUUGGAGCUGAGCGAGCCUUCUUUCGGAAUAAGGAAAUCGAGAAAGGCGGCUCGAUUGAAAAUCGGCGGACUGGUCAAUUGGUUUCGCAAAGAGUACGGCAGAACGGAAUCGACCGACAGCCACGAGAGCAGCGAGUCGCCCACGGAGUGCAGCUUUGCGCGACAACCGAGUCUGCGACGCGCUCAUCGCCGCGGCGUUUCUCGAACGCCGAGAGGAGUCAGUCAAACUCUGCAAAAGGCGAAGCGCCGCAUGGAGGACAAAUUGAGCAAGAUAGGCUUGGUCAAGGGCAAGAAGAAGGAGAGUUUCGAAGAGGUGCAGGGCAGUUAUUUCAGCCGGAGAAACUCGCUGGAGCCGGGCGAGGCCUCGAGAGAAUCCGAGUUCGUCGUUCUGAAGGAGCGCAGACUGGUGCCGAGAAAGGCGCUUUUCGAGGGAAUACAGCGAUUUUCAUUCUUCUUGGAGACUUGCCAGCCGGGCUCGGUGCCGGACCAGCAUUUGAUGGGAGCCCUGCUCGACUUGCCGCACGCCCCCGUGGUGGCUCGCGCCGCGAUGCUCCUGGAGUGCGCACACCUCGUGCACCAGUGCAACAAGGGCCACUGGCCGACGUGGAUGAAGAUGAACUACCCGAUGUUUCGGCCCUCGAUGGCUCUGAACAACCGGAGCGGCCCCACCGGCCUCAGGCGGACUCAUGUUCUGCAGAGGGCCGCGGGGAAACUAUUCUACCAGUGGGCCGAGGCCAUAGGCUCGAGGCUCGAAGAAUUCAUGUCCGAAGACAAGCAGAACGUCGAUCAAGUCAGCGCGAUGAUCUUGGACGAGAGCAAGCACCGGGAUCUGAUCGCCGAGGACGAGGAGGAAGACUUCCUCGACGAAGCCAGCGUCAACAGCUACGGGACGUCCUGCCCAGUCGCGCUGCGAUUGGUCGCGUGCACGCUGCUGCUGGAGAUAACGGCCUUCCUCCGGGAGACCUACCCGACGCUGCCCAAAUCGAGCAGACUCUCGACGAAGGAGCGGCCGCCCCCGUGGGAAAAGCUCUACAGCCGAGAGGCCAAUCGCCGCUGGAGCAUGGCGCUCUCCUCCAUGGGCCACUCGCAGACCUCCGCCCAGAGCUUGCAGUCGAUCGCCGGCGACAGGGAAAACACUGAGCGCAAGAUCAGCUUCGUCCUCCACGAGCCCGACAACGAGUCGGAAGGGAGCAGCAAGUCCAACGUCACGAUACAAGGCGAAGAGCUUCUGAACAACGAGAAGGAGAAGAGCAAGCGCAUGCAGGCUGCCACGGGCCGGCCGUUCCUGCUGCGCCGCGGCACCGCCGGCAACGCGGCCACGGGCUCCUUCAAGCGCCGCAGCCUCAAGCUGCGCCGCGGCACCAAGGAGGGAAAGGAGAUCGAGCUCGAGGCGUUUGCUCCCUAUCUCGCUCGAUUCCCCUCGCGCGCAGUUCGGCGGGCCGACUCGAUUCAGUCGAAGCGCAAGGUCAGCUCGCUCUCGGACAGAAGCGACACCUCGGAGCCGGGCCUCUACGGGGAGGCCAGCGGCGAGGAGUCCCCGGGCAUCCUCAGCGACGAGCAGCCGCCGGAGAGCCCUAGCGACAGCAACGACACCGACGAGACCAACAGAAACUUUCCCUGGAUGAAGGUGCUGGUGGGCGUGGCGAGCAACUUCAACUUCUACUGCUGCCACCAGGUCUUUUGCCACCCCUACUGCCACAGGCGUCAGAUGCGGGCCAGCGAGAGGCUCGUCCGGGCAGUGCGCAAGGUCUACGGCGAGGAGUUCGGCGUAGUCAGCGGCUCGGCUCCCUUCGACUUGGAGGCGGCCGACAAGAAGGAGGAAGGAAAGAAGGACAAGCGAAGCCGCAAGGUGUCGGACCAAACGAGCGCCCAGGUUUCCCCGGUGCGCAGGAAGGACAGCGUUGGCCGGAAAUUCAAGAUCGACAAGGGCGCCGACUCAAAGGACCUGGCCGACCACGAGUCCGAGCACGGCAUAGACUUGGCCAAAGCCAUGGAGCCGCCCGAAGAGGAGGAGAAGGAGAGGGAGCCGCCGGCCAUGCUAAAGUAUCUGCGCAACCAGGUCAAGGACUCGUUCCACGCCCCGCUGGCGAGCCUCUUGAAGGGCGCGGUCGUCAUGACGGAGGAGCACUUCGUCGACAUCAUCCCGGUGGCCUGGGAGCUCCUGCUGGAAAUGAACCAGGAGCUCGCCGCCGCGGCGGCAUCGAUAUUCAUCGUGGCCGCGGUCCGGGCGCCCAGCCAAGCGAGCGACAUCAUGCAGCGCGGCUUGAAACACGACAAUCCCGCGACUCGCAUAAGCGCCAUACUCAAGUUCCAGAUACUCUGGAAGUUCCGCUACCAAGUCUGGCCGCGGAUGGAGGAGUCGGCGCACUUGACCUUCAAGGUUCCGCCGCCGGGGAUAGAGUUCACUCUGCCGUCCCCGAAGAUCGGAAUCGAGUCGCUGCCCGUUGUCGACCCGCCCUGGAUGCCUCAGGUCAAGACCAAAGUCGAGGAAGUGACGAUCAAUCAGGAGCGCCACAGAGCGCUCGUCACCGCGACCAAGACCCGAAAGAAGCAGCAGACCGAACUGAUCAAGCGAGCUCUGCAAGCGCAGGACGACAAGAAGCGCGAGGAGAGGGAAAACUUUUUGAUAACCACCAUUCCGAUUACCUUCCAGGCGGCCUACGAGCCCAGCCCGGUGGGCGACGAUCACGACGAGGGCAACAUCGACGAAGAUGCCGGGGACACGGCUCCGAGAAAUUUGGCUCACCACGGACAGUCCGCGCUGUCUCUCUUCCCUUCCACGCUCUGCUCGGCCAUCAUUCAAAUCAUCACUCUGCUCGACGACGCCGCAGUUUCGGAAGACGGAAACGCCGUCUACGAGAUGGCCUAUCAAGUCAUCUGGAAUUGCUUGGUGGAGGACAGCGCUCUGUUCCUACGAUACGUAUUGGAGAGACUGACGAGAGACCAGCAAGAUUUGAUGUUCAAGCUGCUGCGCCACCUGAUAAGAUUCGUUCCCAAGCUGCCCCAACAAGCCGCGUUUGCUCUCUACAACUACAUCAUCGGAUACGUCAUGUUCUACGUUAGGUCCCCGCACGAAGAGGGACAGAAGUUGAUCGGCACCGCGCUCUCGGUUCUCUGGAUGGUUGUGCACAGCGUCCACGGCAUCAUGUUCAAAGAUUUGAAGCAGAUUCUGAGGAAGGAGCAGUGCGACGCCUCCAUUUUAUUGACGGCCAACGUACCUUCGGCGAAGAAGAUCAUCGUCCACGGGCCGCAAGAUCCCGAUGCUGGCGGCAUUCCUUCCCAGUUCCCCGUUCAAGAGGACACGCAGUUCUGCCAGAUCCUUCGGGAAUCUCUCGACUUCUUCGGCAUCGACGAGCCGAAGCACAAGGAGUACUUUCUCGUCGACUACAAGACUCAUCAGAUACACAACCCCUCGUCCUACGUUCGGGACUAUUACUUCUUCAAGCGGUCCCAGUAUCCGCAACUGGAGCUCGUUCACAUGAAGCCCGAAGACGCGUUCAAUGCUCUGCAGAGGCAGGAGCUGGUGCACAAAUUCGUCGAGAUAGGCAAAGUCAUGCUGACCUGGGCCAUACUGAAGAACGUCGACAUGGUGGUGCAACGCGUCGUUUUCCUCCACGAGGAACUGAUGAAGCUGCCCUCCUUUCCUCGCAAGGCCCUCGAGGCGGAUCUCGAUCUCUACAAAGGCGGGCAAAUGGGCAGGGAGCUUUUGGCCCUCGACGUGAUGCACAAGUUCAUGUGGGUGCGGCUGAUCGCUCGGAUGUUCGAGGCCAUGGCCGGCAACUUUGCCUACUCCGGCGACAUCCAUCUCUUUCUGAACGUGCUGAACGGCGCACUGAUCAUCCACAGCGAGGACUCGUGCAUAUUGCGCUACGUCGUGGCGACCUACAUCAACGCGGCCCACAAUUUCAAAAACAUUUUCUCGACCAACGGCUACUUUCUCAUCAUGCCCACGCUGCUGCAGCUCUACUCGACGCAUCAGACCAACAAGCUCGUCACGACGACCGUCGAGUACGCCGUCAAGCAGUUCUACCUCAUGAACCGAAAGCCCUUCAUACUUCAAAUGUUCGGAAGCGUCUCGGCCAUUCUCGACACCGACGAGCAGAGCCUCGUCGGCGAGUCGCACAAGGUGCCCUCCUCCUGCCUCUUCAAUCUUCUCCUGAGCCUCGAGACGCCCUCGCCGGACCCCCUCAACAUCGGCGAGCUGGUCAAGGAGGACAAGCCCUUGAAGGCCAUCGACUUUUGCUACCACGACGAGAACGAAAUGGUCACGAUACUGGACUGCAUCUCCCUCUGCGUGAUGGUCAUAUCGUACGCCGCCGAUUCGAUAAGGGGCCAGCAGAUGCUUACCAUACUGGAGGCCAUAAUGCCGUGCUACGUGCAGCAGAUUCAGCUGCCGACGUACAACAAGGAGGGGAAAACCGAGAAGGAGAUAAUCAAUCAGCUGGCCAUCGCGGUCAGGACGCUCGUCAACAAUUCGGAGGCGCUGGCAAAGUACUACAAUCGGCCGCAAAAGGCGAGCCCGGAGCACAAGGGCUCCAGCCAGAGGAACUACGGGAAGGGCCCCUAUUCUCCCGGCUUCGAGUUCGACGAGGAGGCCCACAUCGGCAAGUACGCGGAGCACGCCAAAAGCAAGCUCUACGAGCGCGACAACGAGGAUGCCGAGACCGGGCACAAAAACGAGUUCGUCAGGCCCAGGGACACGCUGCUCAACAUGGUUGGCGAGUUCGUCGCCCGGAGCUCCGUCCGACUGGUGGAGCUGAACAAAAAGUCGCAGGACGGAAAGGCCAUCGAGCUGCUGGACUCGAGGUGCCACGUGCGCUUGGCGGACAUCGCGCACAGCCUGCUGAAAAUCUCCCCCUACGACCCGGAGGCGAUGGCCUGCCGCGGCCUCAAGCGCUACAUGAACGACAUUCUCCCCUCGACCGAGUGGGCGAACGACGACAUGCGCCCGGCGCUGACCAUCAUCCUCCGCAGGCUGGACAAGAGCUUCAGCAAGAUUUACAAGAAGGCCUCGAUAAGGCGCAACACCAACUGGGACGCGGCGAGCGAGCUUCUGAAGGGCGUCUACGAGACCCUCUUCAAGUGCCCGUACAUCGCUCACUUCCAGUACCUCAAGACGCUGCUGAGCACCUGCCAGGCCCUCAUAAUCGGCGACACGGCUCAGAUAGAGCUCACCUCCUCGGCCUCGGCCGCGCUCAUGAGCAAGAUACCACCCCAGCACUUUUGCUCGACGGUGCUACGCCUGAUCGCGCUGCAGGUCAUUUCGCUGGGGGAGGGCUACACUCUGGAGAACGUCUGCGGCGGGCACUCGAUGUUUGCCACGGCGGCCCGGGCGGAGAACGUCCUGCUCAACUUGCUCGUGCCGCUCUUCCUGCGCGUCGGAACCGGGCGCAAAGACGUGCCGAAGCUCAGGCAGACCGACAUAUGCUUCGCCCUGACGGCGGUCUUGAACACGCUCUGGCCCACGGGCGCCAAGACCAUGCAGAUGACGGCGCCGAACCUCAAGACCACGACCGACAUACGCACGGGCAGCCUGACCUUUGCGGCCAGGGACUCGAAGACGCUGACGAAGAUAUCCCUGACCCUGUACCAAGUCGCCUUCCUAGCCCUGAAGAUAAUAGUCAUAUGCUUCGAGUCGGAGCUGACGACCGAGUGGCCGAGGAUCCUGCGAACGAUGAAGUUGCUGAACAAGCGCAACGAGGCCUCGCUCUACCUCUGGAACUUCCUCGAAUUCGUCGUGACGCACCGCACACCGCUCUACAUCCAAAUGCUGCCGUUCAUCAUCCACAAGAUCGGCCAGGCGCCCAUAUCGGACCACGAGCGGAGCAUGCAGAGCAUCAUCAGGGAGAAGAUCCGCGGCGUGAACAUGGCCGUGCCGAGGUCGAGGGGCGCCCUGCUCGCGGACCUCCUGGCCGAGCUCGGCAAGCUCAAGGAGGAGAUAGAGGAUCGGAAGUUCGACGAGCUCGAGCCAAAGCGGAGCGUCGCCGAGAUGCACCAGGCGAACGAGGGCCAGCCGCGCACGCAGCGGCCCUCGCUGCUGAUCGACCUGCUGACCGGCGACCUGGGCUCGCGGGGCCACGCGAACCGCACGCCGGCCGAGACGCCCUGCUCGAACUCGACGGCCACGGGCCAGCCGGCCUCCUCCUCGCACCACUCGGUCAGCUCGGCGAGCAACGCCACCAAGCUCUCGCUCCAGAGCCAGGCGUCGCUGCAGGGCUCCGCCAACGCCCGAGGGUCGAUCUCGAGUACGAGUGCGGGCUCCGGGACUUUGCGGGAUGGAACCGAUGCGGCCUGUCCCGGCUCGUCGCAAACCGAUCAACCAGCACAAGCCACAGAUAGAUCCCAACCAUCUUCUACUACUAGUGACGAACUUAAUAAGCAUCAUCCUAUGUUAACUCGUCAAAAAACAUCUAAACUACGCUUUGUCUCUUCUGUAGAGUUUAGGCAUUCUUCAGGAGAAACGAUGAACAGCCAACUAAGCCCCAGCAGUCCACUCGAGGACAGUUCGGGCGAAUCUCGACCAGACAAACCUCGGCUCCAGCGUUCCAUGGGACAGAGCAAAAGAACGUUUCGCUUGAGAAAAAGUCGCCGGGCGCACGUUGAGGUUACACUGCCGGAGUCGACACUAUCCCACGUGCUGACUCCAGCGACGCCUCUUGCGGAAACGUCGCCCCUCUUCAGCGUUUCCGCUCGUGUAGAGGACGCGGGCGAACAGUCCGCAACCUCCAGCGCCACCGCGAUCGGCGCGGAUGCGCCGGCUCUCCAGCAGCAGCAGCAGCAGCAGCAGCUAACUCCGCAAGCGCAACAUCACACGCAUCAUCAUCAUCAUCAUCAUCAGCAUUUGCACCUGAGGCCUCAGUCGGACGUCUCGUUGGACGAGGACACAUCCAGCACUUCUGGCUACCGAGAGUCCUACAGCAUGCAGCUCGUUUCACUGGAGAGCAGCGGCAAUCGGACUGAUCAGGCGCCCCCUCUGGCCUCUCCGGAUUUGCCAUCGACCAGCAGCACGACCACCAAUUACAUGGCCUUCGAUGGCAGUUCCCCGGAAUGCUCGAUAAACAGUAACGGCGGAGAAAAGACGGCGCUACUGACGCACUCGAGUCAGCGAACGAAUUCUCAGCACUCGUUGCUCAUGGCUUUCCCGGCGCAAGAUGAAGAUACCUUGAUAUAAUCGAUUCUUAGCUGAUUAAUUCAUUUAAAUGCGACGCAUGUAAAUAAUGGAAAUUUAUAGAACUGUUGUUUGUUGUUUGUUGUUUGUUUUAUUGUAAAGCAACGAUUUAAUAAUACACAUAUGCCAUACAGA